AUGGCGUCGCAGCAGCAACAGCAACAGCAACAGCAACAGCAACAGCACUACAGAUAUGCAAAUACAUCUGUAGGCGCCAUGGCUGAAGCGAGACUUCGUCUACGAUACCGCGAGUGGUUAAGUUGGCUACUGAGAGACAAGAGCCUUUCAAUAUUGAAUAAAUGCUUCAUUGUUCGCGAAAAGGAACUAGAGUACCGUUCAAAAUACCAUAUUUAUAGGUGUUGCUUGCGAUUUGGGCUCGCCUCUUGCCUGCCGUCAAACAGCUCAAAGGUGCGGCGUAGCGUCGUCAGCGAGCUGGACAGAGGCACACCGGUAUCAGAACCCUUACGGAGCAACGACGGCAACGACGGCUACGACGGCAACCACGGCGAUUACGGUAAUCACUACUCGCCCUGAACGAGCUCCACGAAGUUCUCAUCCAGGUUGGAGUAAUAACGGCGAGCCAACGUCGGCGUGACCGAGACCGCGAUAUCCGGAACUCCGACGACCGCCGCCGUUACCAUCCCAACUGCCGCCACC